GGAAGAGAAAGUGGACGAGCCAACAUGGCAAAAGAUGGAGGAGUUUAGGCGUAUGAGUUUGGAUGAAUUAUCGCCAGAAGAAAGCUCAGAAAUAGAAGAAGAGGAUUACUUAAAGACACAUUUUGGUGACAAAAGGGUUUUUAAAUCAGAAUGGACUCGUAAUGUAUCAAAGCCCAAUACUUUUAGAGCGAAUGAAGCGCACGGUUCUAAGCCAACUCGCCGAGCCUUACAUCAGAAGAACCGACCCGUUGCUACCCCUUUUCUGUUGAGCACAGAUGCUAGUCAAAUAGUUGAUGAUGAUGAUGAUGAAGACGAUGAUGAUGACGGUAACGAUGUAUUUAACGAUGGCGGGGACAAAGAAAACUCACCUUUUAAUAGUCAUUGGUCUUCAGUAGAUAGAGAAAGUAGAUUUAGCCAUCCCAUUAAUAGAAAGGAGUCGUCCAUUGUUGACGAUUUACUGUGUGAAAUAUAUGAUCGCUGUCAGCCGUCUAGGCCUAAAUAUAGUGUUGAUAGCGAUGGCUACACAGAAUAUUCAAGUACUUCUGAAGGUGCAUAUCACAGUAGCAGAGGAGAUGGAUUUAAUAGCACUACACCUAGGCUAAGCCGAGCUGCUCUAGCUAAUAAAGAUGUAGACGAGCUUCGUGAAAUGCUGCAGCAUCUAAAAAACCGAGUUGGUGUCAUGUCAGGUCGAUUAAUAAAGGAGCUUAAAAGAAGAGAUAAGAACCUGGCAAAGUUAACAAAGAAUCAAGAUGUGAUAACAGCCAUACUUCAAGCAGUCUCACAAAAACGAAGGGUUGAUACACGGAUACGCUUCAGUAUACGGCCAAGGUCUGGCAAGAGAGCUUUCAGACAGUGGUAUGAUGCUUUAAGGGCAGUGUCUCGUCUUCCCAAUGGUAUCCCUCAAAACAUCCGAAAAGAAGUAUGGUUAAGCCUCGCUGAUCGACACAUCAGGCAUUUAAAAAUUGAUUGGAAAAAGACGGUACGAUUUGCGUUCAACGACCGAAGUAACCCAGAUGAUGAUGCACUAGGUAUUCAGAUUGUGAAGGACCUUCACAGGACAGGGUGUAGUGGAUUUUGUGGACAAGGAGCCGAGGAAGAUCGAGUUGUUUUGAAGCGUGUGUUGUUAGCAUAUGCACGUUGGAAUAAAUCAGUCGGUUACUGUCAGGGCUUCAACGUAAUUGCUGCUCUUAUAUUGGGAGUUGUUGAUCGAGUUGAAGAUGAUGCGCUUAAGGUUAUGAUAUUUCUGAUAGAUCAUGUAUUACCUGAUAGUUAUUUUGCAAACAACUUGAGGGCGCUGUCUGUUGACAUGGCUGUUUUCCGUGAAUUGCUUCGCUUCAAACUACCAGAACUUUCCCGUCAUCUGGAUCAGCUACAGAAAGCUGAUCAUGACCCCGCAACUGGCUGCUAUGAACCACCUUUGACUAAUGUGUUCACGAUGCAGUGGUUUCUGACGCUAUUUGCCACAUGCUUGCCCCAGUCUCUUGUGCUGCGUAUCUGGGACUGUAUCUUCCUCGAAGGCUCCGAAGUUCUUCUACGGGUUGCCCUCGCCAUCUGGGCAAAGUUGGGACCGCAAAUUGAGGAGAAUAACACAGCAGAUGAAUUUUACACAACAAUGGGGAUGAUGUCACAGAAGAUGUUACAUGAUAGUUACAUGAACGCUGAUGACCUCAUCCAGACGAUUUACUCCAUUGCUCCAUUUCCGUUCCCCCACCUGAGUGAGAUACGCGAGAAGUACAUGUUCAGCAUCACUCCAUUCUCACCUGAGGGCUCACUUGCCAAAACAUCUGAAGAUGAAAAGGACAGGGGGAAACCAACAUCUCAUAGUGAUGAGGAGGCAGAAAAAGAUGAUGAAGACUUGGCCAACAUCACCUGUUUCACCAGUAUAUUCCCAGUACCUAUUGUACCCCCUAAGUCAAAGAUUGAUCAAGGUGAGAGUGCAAACCUGCCUGCAGCUGAUAGUAAUGACAUCACUCAAGCCAGUCCCGGUGCUUUCGGCUCCAACAAUGAAAUCCAAUCCAGUCAGCUUUCAACGGCUAUGUUGGAGAGAAUGACGAUGGAUAUACACGCUCUUAAAAGGCAAUACAGUCGUAUACAGAGACGACAGCAGCAAGCACAUGUGAUAUACGGCCCAGGCUCCAGACCUGCCCAGCAACGAGCUGACACAACGGAAGAACGCCACGUUACUGUGGUUGAAAAGUCUGACGGUAAAACCGGUGGAUCUAAGACCAUGCUCACAGCCAAGAUUGAAUCACCAGCCGCAAUGAACCAUCUAUUCGUUGACAAUGAGGGACUGGGAUUGAAGAAUAUGAAAGUCACCGUUGGGCCACAUAUUUCUCCUGCUUUGACCUUGGAUGACGAUAUUGAUAGUCCCCAUUCCUCAAGGAAGAUUUCUGCAUUUAAGGGUCUGGACCGAAGACUAGCCAGAGGCAGAAGUAACCUGUCACAGCAUUCCUUAACCUCGCAUAAAGAUUUUGGGAGUGGCAGCACCUUGACGUCAAUGAACGAUGAUGAUAAGCUCUCUGUAACCACAUCAGGGUCAUCAAUGGAUUGCAAUAGAUCAUUGAACUCUGAUGUCAGCACAGAGACAAUGAUGGCAGAAGCUGAAGAGAUAGAAGGAGAGGUUCUUGAAAGUAGUGCUGAGGAGACUGGUGAUCAUGUCACAGAAUGGCUAAUUGAUUUUGGUGUCGAAGACAGAGGAAAAGAAAACAGCGACAAGAGUGAGAAUCACGGUGAGGAAAAUGGUAACAAAGAUCAGGAAGAUGAUAAAGAUGAAGACAAACAGCUGGAGGAGAAGGUGAAGAAGAAAGAGAAAAACACCUACGAUAAAGAAGAUAAUGAUGGUGCCAAUGAUGUGGUAACAUCAGGUGAGCUUGAUGAAUCUAGAGCAACUGAAAAUGGAGAAAACAUAUCAGAAAAAACAAACAUUAAAAAAGACCAGGCUACUGGAAAAAGUGAGCCUGAUAUUGAACCGAUACCCAGCAAGUGUAAUUUAAGUAUUGUUAGUGGGAAAGAUGUCAGUAACGGAACACAGGAGCAAAGUGAAACAAACACAUGUUUAACAAAAAGGAAUGAAAACUCAAAUGAUAGUUUAGAUAGUAAUCAUAAUAUGAAUAACUGUUCAAUUAAUCAGGAUCAUACCCAUCAUCAAGGACCAGUAUCAAGCCAUCCAUUUGAAACCAAGGUCACAAGCAAACCGCCAUUAUCACGAACGAGCAGUUUAGAACGUCCCAGCCCCCCGAUUACUCCAGAUGCAAGCAACGUCGCAUUCAAUGUAUCAACCAUGGGAUUCCAACCACAACUAGUUGACACGCCGCAAGCAUCGAAACCGCACCGUAUACGCCCACGAAGCUCAUCCAACUGCUCGCAGAGAAGCAACAGCAGCAGUCACAGCGGAGAUAGUUUAGAUGGAGAUGCACAGGUGCAAAAAUCUCCUGAGUUUUAUCCCUUUCCGACAAGGAAAACGAAACAUGUGGUGCAAAGAACUAAAAACGGUUUGAAGGUUGGAUUAUAUCUUCCCGUGCAUGACAACAACGAACCAAAAAAAUCGCAAGUGAGUAAGUGCUUAUCGAGGGAGCUUAAUGCACACUUGAGGCAUAUAGUUGGAUCAAAGAGUUAGAACAUUCAUCAAAGCAAUAAAAAUACAGUAGUAGUCUUGCCUCAUCGACGAACACUAUUCGCACAGUCAACAGAAGGCUGUCAGAACUGAGAACCAAAAGCUUAUUACUGUAAUAUUCUAAAGGCCAAUGCAGACAGCGUCGUACGACGUAACCCAACGUGAUUUAUUGUUGCGUCGGGUCUGUGCGAUUUAAACACAUGCGAUGGUUUUCGUUGGGGACAGGUGUGGCGUAGAAUUUUAAACAUGUUAAUAUUUCUCACGACACUUAAGGUACGCGUCGGGCUGCGUCAUACGACCCUGUCCAAGGUGGCCUUAACAAUCUUUUAUGUAUUGUGCUAUGAUGUGUCUUAUUUAUAUAACUGGAAUGGUUCGUAUGUAUCCAUUAAUUUAAAAUUUUGAACUUUAUUCAGGUAAAAGAAUUAUUGUAUGUGUAUUUAGAUGGUUUAUGUUCAAAUAUACUGAAGAAAAUUAAAAUUGAGAAGAGAGAAUGUUUUACCUUUAAGCUGCCAUUUUGUGGACCUUAGCAACAAUAUUCGAGGAUGGGGCUUAUCUGAAAGAUCCAUUGGUUUAAAAUGUACUUAAAGUACAAUUUGCUUUAAGUUUUUGCUUAAUAGUUAUGUAGAAGAAAAUUAAAGUUAUGUAAUUCAUGGAACAAAUUAAUUUAAUUCUUUGAUUUUUAUAUGAAAAGAUUCUAAAUGAAAUAUUUUAUUGUUUAAUACAAGCCAGAAAGUGUCUAAAUUCUACAAUUAUAUAUUCUAAAGAAAUUAUUUUUAAAAUAUUUUCCAAUUCAAUUCAAAUUUAUGGGAAAAAUAUUAAUUUUGACUUUCAGGAAUUGUGAAAUAUUUAGGCAUACUUUAUAGUAGCUGUGCUGACAACAUUGUGUAAAAAUUCGUUUUUAAUUUAAACGUUCAAUAAUCUGUUUAAUAAAUAAAAGGGAUUAGUUAAAUAUAACUUAUAUUAAUAAAUAGCUUGAUUGUAAGUACACAAAUUAAAUUAUUAAACUAAUCAAAAAUAAUUUAAUUCAUAAACUAAUUAAUUGAUA